CACCUUCCUCGAGUGACCCCUCCGUCAGAUCUGCCAUUACCGAAGCCGAGCAGGAGCAGGCGGGGGAGCGAGCGAGCGAGCGGACGCCAUGGAGCCCGGCGUGAGCAUCGAGUCCGGCUCCGCGAUCCGCGUGGCGGUGCUUCCCGUGGGCGGGCCGAUCCCACCGGCGUGUCUCCGGGACUACGCGGCGCUGGUGGCGCGGCACGCGCGGGUCGACCUCGCCUCGCUGCGGCCCUACUACUCGGAGCACCAGAAGAGCCCCUUCUCGCACCAGCCCUGGGACGGCGGGUGCCUCCGCCUCAAGUUCGUGCUCGGCGGCUGCGUGCCCUCGCCGUGGGAGGACUUCCAGUCCUCGCGCAAGGUGCUCGCCGUCGUCGGCAUCUGCCACCUGCCCUCCUCACCCGAUCUCGACCGCGUCGCCGCGGACUUCGUCGACGCCGCGCGCUCCUACCCCUCCGCGCUGGCCAACCGCUGCUUCGCCUUCUGCCCCACUGACGCGCAGUUGGUGGAGAAAAAGAGGGAUGAUAUUAUUAUGUUCCCUCCUUCUGAUCAACAAUCAUUGGAACUUCAUAUGCUCACGAUGAUCCAAGACCUUUCUGCUUCACUGUUGAUGGAGUUUGAGAAAUGGGUCUUACGUGCUGAAUCAACGGGAACUAUUCUAAAGACACCUUUGGAUUCACAAUCCAGUCUUGGCUCAGAGGAGGUGAUUAAGGCUAAAAAAAGAAGGUUGGGUCGUGCUCAAAAGAUAAUUGGAGAUUAUUGCUUGUUGGCUGGAUCACCUGCUGAUGCUAAUGCACAUUAUGCCACUGCAAUAGAGCUCGCAAGAUUAACUGGAGAUGUUUUCUGGCAUGCUGGAGCCCUUGAGGGUAGUGUCUGUGCAUUAGUGGUUGAUAGGAUGGGUGAAAGUGACCCUGUUUUGGAGGACGAAGUGAAGUUCCGUUAUUACACCAUUAUCCAGCUAUAUAGAAGAGCAACUUUACAAGACAAUGCUCAAAGAGUUUCACCAGUCAGCUUUGAACUUGAAGCUGCAUUGAAGUUGGCAAGAUAUUUGUGCAGGCGACAAUGUGCCAAGGAGGUGUCAGAUUUAUUAAUGGGUGCUGCUGAUGGUGCCAAGGCUCUGAUUGAUGCCAGUGAUCGCUUGAUACUCUACAUUGAAAUCGCAAGACUUUUUGGUACACUUGGUUAUAAACGCAAGGCAGCCUUUUUUUCAAGACAAGUUGCGCAGUUGUAUCUCCAGCAGGAUAAUGCAUAUGCCGCUAUGAGUGCUAUGCAGGUCCUAACUACAACUACAACUGCAUACCAUGUUCAAAGCAGGAAGACUAGCAAAAUGGAUCAUAGUUUUCUCAAGUCUGUAGUGUCACUGUUUGAGUCACAAUGGAGUACCCUUCAAAUGGUUGUUCUAAGAGAGAUACUGAUGUCUUCAAUCCGUGCUGCGGAUCCCUUAUCAUCGUGGAGUGCUGCAGCUCGGCUUCUUCGGUUGUUUUACCCACUGAUCACCCCAGCUGGCCAGAGUGGCUUGGCAAGCUCUCUUGCGAACUCAGCUGAUAGGCUUCCAUCAGGCACACGUUGUGCCGAUCCAUGUCUUCCUUUUAUCAGGUUGCAUUCUUUUCCACUGCACCCAUCACAAAGAGAGAUAGUAAAGCGCAACCCACAUAAAAAAGAGUGGUGGACUGGUGGAGGUCCUUCUGGUCCUUUUAUUUAUACACCUUUCACCAAAGGAGGAACAUCUGGAACUAGCAAACAAGAGGUAAAUUGGAUUGUGGGAGAGCCGGUUCAAGUUAUGGUAGAGUUAGCAAAUCCCUGCAGCUUUGACCUAGUUGUUGAGAGCAUUUAUCUCUCCGUUCAUUCUGGAAAUUUUGAUGCCUUUCCAGUCAGUGUUACUCUUCCACCAAACACUUCCAAAUUAGUUCUGUUAUCUGGAAUUCCAACGCAAGUUGGACAAGUAUCAAUUCCUGGGUGCAUUGUUCAUUGCUUUGGUGUUAUCACAGAACACUUAUUCAAAGAGGUCGACUGUCUACUCCUCGGAGCCGCACAAGGACUUGUUCUUUCUGAUCCUUUCAGAUGCUGUGGCUCUAGCAAGUUUAAGAGUGUUAACUUUCCAAGCAUUUCUGUUGUUCCUCCUCUGCCAUUAUUAGUUGCCAAUGUUGUUGGGGGAGAUGGUUCUAUUCUUCUAUAUGAAGGUGAAAUCCGUGAUGUUUUGAUAACACUGACAAAUGCUGGAACUGUACCUGUUGAAGAAGCAAAUAUUGCAUUGUCAGGGAAGAACCAGGAUUCUGUUAUCUCGAUUGCACAUAGCACAUGGAAAUCUGCACUUCCUAUUAAACCUGGUGGAGAAGUGACAUUUGCUGUGACUUUGAGAGCCUGGCAUCUUAGCCUGACAGAUUUUGAAGCAGAUAGUAACAGAUCUCCUGCAAACUCAAGGAGGAUAGCAAGAGAAGGGAGUAAUCCUUUCUUGGAUAUUCACUAUGCUGGUCCUUCAGGAAACUCCGAGGACAAUAAUGUUUCUCUGCCUCCUGGAAGACGUCUGGUUGUCCCGUUGAAUAUUUGUGUUGUACAGGGCAUGCGACUUGUAAGAGCACGCCUUUUGUCCAUGGAAUUACCUGCCCGGUUUACUGAUGCUCACUUAAGAUCUGUUGGUAGCAAGGAUAAUAUAAGCAAUGACAGUAGUGCGAUUCAUAAUGACAUUAGCUUAUUGAAGAUCGAUCCUUACAAAGGAAGUUGGGACCUCCGUCUUCUAGAACUUGAGCUGUUUAAUCCUACUGAUGUUGUUUUCGAUGUUGAUGUCUCAGUCCAUCUGGAUGGUACAAGUAUAGAGCUUCCAGAGGACAAAAUUGCUGGUUCAGCUUGCCACAAAACUAGAAUUGAUCGAGACUAUUCUGCUAGAGUUCUCAUACCCCUUGAGCACUUCAAAUUACCUGUUCUUGACACGUCCUUCUUUGUAAAGGAAAAUGGAAGUGAUGAACCUCUUGGAUCCAGAGCUACCACCUUAGCAGAAAAGAAUGCCAAGGCAGAAUUAAAUGCUUCAAUCAACAACUUGAUUUCAAAGAUAAAAGUGAAGUGGCAUUCUGGGAGAAAUAGCUCAGGUGAGCUGAAUAUUAAAGAUGCUAUUCAGGCAGCACUACAGGCAUCUAUUAUGGACAUACUAUUGCCUGAUCCAUUGACGUUCAGCUUUAGACAUGCCAAGGAUGGAACUUCAGCCAAAACUGACUCUUCAGAGGAGCCUAGUGAUGAUUCCAGUCAUUCUGCUAAUGAUAGUGUUCUGAGGUGUAAGGAUCCUAUAUCUGCUAAUGAAAUGACUCAUAUGGAAGUUCAAAUUCGCAACAACACUAAGGAAACUAUUCGGAUGAACCUAAGUAUUUCAUGUAAAGAUGUUGCUGGAGAGAAUUGCUUUGACGAAAACAGUGCAACUGUCCUCUGGGCUGGUGUUCUCAGUGACAUAUAUCUGGAGGUUCAACCAUUGCAGGAGGUAGUACAUCCUUUUUCCAUCUACUUCCUGGUACCAGGAGACUACUCGCUGCAAGCUGCUUCUGUUAUAAUUGAUGCAACGGAUGUUCUUCGUGCUCGGGCAAAGGCAGAGUCGCCCGACGAACCUAUACUAUGCCGUGGAUCUCCAUUCCAUAUCCAUGUAGUUGGUACAGCUUAGCCAAACUUUCUUCGAAUUAGUUCUAGAGCCUGCUCUGUACCCUGAGUUUCGUGACAUGUGCAGCUGCGAAAAUCACGUAGAAUUUAUCCUCAUCUGAAUAUCUGAUUUAUUUGAGCCGCUUGAAGGCUUCCUUGUAACACCAUUGUGUUUUGUACAGUGUAAAAGCGUAGUGAAGGUUGUUUCACAGGCACGCGAAUUUGCUGGUUGACGGUUUCAGCAUCGUGAUGUAAA